AUGAACAACAUCGACGCGUCCGCCCACUACGAGGUCGAGGCGACGGGCCAGACGCCGUCCCUGCUGACCCUCAUCAUCGACACGAACCCCCGCGCCUGGGCCGCCCUCGACGGCAGCCUGCCCUUCUCCAAGGCCGUGGCCAACAUCCUGGUCUUCGUCAACGCCCACCUGGCCUUUGGCAACGACAACCAGGUCGCCAUCCUCGCCGCCCACUCGAACCGCGCCGUCUGGCUGUACCCCCCGCCCCCGGGACGCCAUGCUCGUCACGGCAGCAGCAGCGGAGGGGACCGGGACGGGGACGUCGAGAUGGCCGGGGCCAACGGGCAGAACGGCGACAGCGCCCGCCAGGGCGCGGCGUCCUCGGCCAACAAGUACCCCCAGUUCGCCUCCAUCGAGGCGUCCAUCGUCUCCUCGCUGCGCUCCCUCGUGUCCGAGACGGCGGCCUCGUCACUGCCCGCCACCACCCUGGUCGCCGGCGCCCUGACGACGGCCCUGGCCUACAUCCACAAGACGUCGCUGGCCUACGCGCCCCCCAAGCAGUCGUCGGACCCGGCGAACCCGACCACGGCCGCCACCGUGACGGCCACGCAGACGCCGACGCUGCACGCGCGCAUCCUGGCCAUCUCCGUGUCCGACAGCGAGCCGGCCCAGUACAUCGCCACCAUGAACGCCGUCUUCGCCGCCUCGCACGCCCGCAUCCCCAUCGACACGCUGUCGCUGUCGCCGCACGCCUCGCCCACCUUCCUGCAGCAGGCCGCCUUCAUCACGGGCGGCGCCUACCUGUCGUGCGCCGCCAACCCCUCGGGCCUGCUCUCCUACCUCAUGUUCGGCUUCCUGCCCGACGCCGAGGCCCGCACCCACCUCGUCACGCCCUCCCAGGACUCCAUCGACUUCCGCGCCGCCUGCUUCUGCCACCGCAAGGUCAUCGACACGGGCUUCGUGUGCAGCAUCUGCCUGAGCAUCUUCUGCGAGGUGCCCGAGGGGUCCGAGUGCCUGACGUGCGGCACCAAGCUGGCCCUCGGCAAGUACGGGGCCAAGCCCGUCGUUGUCGUCCGCAAGAAGAAGAAAAAGAAGAGGAUCAACGGGUUGACUGGGCGCGAGGAGACAGGCAGUGCGACCGGGACACCGGCGCCCACAUGA